AUAUUUUUGGCUACUCAAAUUAUCAAACAUGAAGGACACUAUAGUUUUGUAUCCUGCUCUUGGUAGUGGACACUUGAUGCCUAUGGUUGAGUUAGGAAAACUAAUAUCAACUCACCACCCUUCAUUUUCCAUCACAAUUCUCAUUCUUACACCCCCAAACAAAAACACAAACACAAACAAAGGCACCCUUUCUCCACAAGAACAAUACAUAGCCAAUGUUUCGACCACAUUUCCCUCAAUUAAUUUCCAUUACAUUCCUCCAAUUUCAUUCCCUACAACACUUCCACAACUCUUAUGCACCCUUGAAGUUUGUCAACAUAGCAACAACCAUGUUGAGAACAUUCUCCAUUCUAUUUCCAAAACCACAAACCUCAAAGCUGUUAUCUUAGAUUUCUUCACCUAUAGUGCCUCACAAGUAACCAAGAAAGUCGAGAUCCCGACUUACUUUUAUUACACUUCAGGUGCUAUCUUUGUAGCCACUUUCCUUCAUUUUCCAAUUGUUUAUGAAAAUGCUACAAAACCUAUUAAGGAUCUUCAUAUGCCUCUUCAAAUUCCAGGGUUACCAAAGAGUCUUUCAACAGAUGAUUACCCUGACGGAUUCAAUGAUUCUAUUUCUGAGAAUAAAGUGUUACAAGAUAUGCUUGAUUCCAUGAAAACUACGAGGGAAUGUGAUGGGAUUAUAGUGAACACUUUUGAUGGUAUUGAAGGAAGAGCAAUUAAAGCUUUGAAUGAAGGAUUAUUUAUUCCUGAUGGUAUUCCAUCCAUUUUCUGUACUGGACCUUUGAUCGCAUCUUCAUAUGGAGAAGAUGAAAAUGGGUGUCUAAGUUGGCUUGAGUCGCAACCUAUUCAAAGCGUCGUGUUGUUAAGUUUUGGAAGCAUGGGAAGAUUUUCUAAGGCUCAGUUGAAUGAGAUAGCACUUGGAUUGGAAAAAAGUGAGCAAAGAUUCUUGUGGGUUAUUAGGAGCGAGUUGGAUUUAGAGGAGCAAAGUUUGGACGAGUUGCUCCCUGAAGGGUUUUUGGAGAGGACAAAAGAAAGGGGAAUGGUGGUAAGAAAUUGGGCACCACAAGGUGCAAUAUUAAAGCAUGACUCGAUCGGUGGAUUCGUGACACAUUGUGGAUGGAACUCGGUGUUGGAAGCUGUAUGUGAAGGAGUGCCUAUGGUGGCAUGGCCAUUGUAUGCAGAACAAAGGCUGAACAAGGUGAUUUUGGUUGAGGAGAUGAAGGUUGCUUUGGAAUUGAAGGAUUCAAAAGACGGGUUUGUGAGUGGAACCGAGUUAGGGGAUCAAAUUAAGGAAUUAAUGGACUCCGAUAAGGGGAAAGAGAUUAGACAAAUUAUUUUCAAGAUGAAAAUAAGUGCUAAAGAGGCAAGAGAAGAAGGUGGAAGUUCCCUUGUCGCUUUGAAUAAGUUGGCUCAGUUGUGGAAGCAGAAUUAGAAGUAACAUAAUAUAACUUU